UUUUAAAAAAAACGUCACAAUUGCACAAAAAAAUUAGGUCUAUCUAUGGCUUCUAGUGUUCUAUAGUCAAAAUAAAGUAACCUGAAAAUUUCUGAGUCGUUUUUAACAAUGAAUAUAUGUGUGAGAAAUAGAUUCAUACGAUCUAAUCUUGUUAGUAAUUUGUGUCGUUUAUCAACGGCGCCCGAAGUCGAACAGAAUGAGCAAGUGGUGCUAAUCGAUGAUACCGAAGAUGUUCAGGCAAAAGAAGCAGAGAUAGAAAAGAAAAGAAACAAGUCUGGACUGUCUCCUAAUCACUAUAACAUACUCCACGAUAAACGUCCGUAUGAUGAACCGAAAUGUCUUGCGCAUUUAACAGUCAAAUAUAGCAGAAAAAUGUACGGUAAAUAUGGAGUAGCCAGUGGAGUGAAUCCUAGUCUCUGUUGGCCGACAAAAGAGGAAAUACAAGAAAGGAAAGAAUUCGAAGCCGUUGCUUUUCCAUUCACAAUCAAAGAAAUGAUGGAGACAGCGCGGAAAAAGAGAGAGGAAGAGAAACUGAAAAUAGACCAGAGAGAGAUGGAGUUAGCGGCUAAAUUUGCUAAAUUAGAUCAGUGGAAGAAAGAACUAAAUGACAAGAUAAAUAAGAAAGCUGCUGAAGUUCAAUCUGCUAAGCAAAAGAAGGAACGUCUCGUAGAAGAAGUGAGAAGACACUUUGGUUUCACGCUCGAUCCGAGAGACCAGAGGUUCCAAGAAAUGCUUGCAAAGCGUGAGAAAGAACAGAAGAAACUUGAGAAACAAGCUAGAAUGGAGGCCAAGGAGAAGGCAAUGAUUGCUAAACUGCAGCAAAAGAAUAUUGAGAUCAGUGAUAAGCCAAGUCAGUGAAUGGAGCUUAUUGUUAGUUUAUAUUUGUGUAGUAAUAAAUUAAUUUGUUAAUUUGA